GCUUACUCUUAAAACUUCCAAAACUCAGCUGUGAUGUCCCUCCUUAAGAACUGCUGACCCCAGGUCAUGACUUUUUAUCCCAAGCGCCCAAGCGUCUGAAGAGCUGAGUGGGUGGCUCAGCUGAGCAAGGUGUGGGUUCAACGGACAGACGAGAAUUUCCACCAGGGGGCGCAAGGACUCCGCGACCUUUCACUAUGUCCACCAGGGGGCACUGCUGCCCGCUUUGGCAGUCCGGAGCUGGGAAGUCCGACUCGUGGAUUAGCCCCGCCUGAUUGGGGGAGGCACUGCGAAAGUAUUUGCAUAAUCUUGAAAGGGACGUGCUGAGUGGGUAAGGUAUAGAAGCCGAAUGUGAAACAGGCUCUCUCAUUGGCUUAAAUUUCCCCCCUCGUUCUGCGUCCCCAUCCCGGCCAGACCCGACCCCGAGGUCAGUCGGAAGCCGCCUGUUAGUGGCGAGAGAGGACCCAGGUGUCCUGGCAGUGGAUCCGACGAGGAGUUGGAGUCAUGCACCUAGUGAGGCGCAUCUGGGGACAGGUCUAGCACUGCGACCCUUGCCUCUCCACUCACCCGCCAAGGUCCUCGCUACCCUGGUUCCACCAUGCUGCCUUAAGGCACUUACCGCCCCUCCUACGAAGAGAUGCUACGAUUCUACAGCUACUACAAGCAGGCCACUGUGGGGCCCUGCCUGGUCCCCCGGCCUGGGUUCUGGGACCCCAUCGGACGAUAUAAGUGGGAUGCCUGGAACAGCCUGGGCAAGAUGAGCAAGGAGGAGGCCAUGUCUGCCUACAUCACUGAGAUGAAGUUGGUGGCACAGAAGGUGAUCGACACGGUGCCCCUGGGUGAGGUGGCAGAGGACAUGUUUGGUUACUUCGAGCCCCUGUACCAGGUGAUCCCUGACAUGCCAAGGCCCCCGGAGACCUUCCUGAAAAGGGUCACAGGUUCCAAAAAGCAGGUACUAAAUGGCGAUGUUGGGGCUGUUCCAGAGUCACCCUGCCUCCCCAAGAAACCAGUAGCCUCAAGCCCAGAGUCUCAGCCACCCAGGGAUCUGGACUCUGAGGUUUUCUGUGAUUCCCUGGAGCAGCUGGAGCCUGAGCUGGUUUGGGCAGAACAGGGGGGAGCACCUGAAGGAGAAUCUGAAACCAGAAACAUCCCUGUGGCCCCUGGAGAGAAGGAGGGGCUGGGGAGCAGCCUGCCGGGGCCCCAGGAGUUGGACACGUGGCUCGUGGGGACAGUCCGGGCACUACAGGAGAGCAUGCAGGAUGUCCAAAGGAGACUGCAGAGCCUGGAGAGUGCGCCCCAGCCCCCUAAGCAGAGUCUCACUCUGUGGCCAUGGGUAGAGCGUCAUGGCGUCAUAGUUCACAGCAACAUCAAACUCCUCAGGUCAAGUGAUCCUCCUGCCUCAGUUUUUCUAUUUUUAGUAGACAGGGUCUCCCUCCUUGCUCAGGCUGGUUAACUCCUGAGCUCAGCCAUCUACCUGCCUUGGCCUCCCAGAGUGCUAGGAUUACAGGCAGGAGCCACUGGGCUCACCCAGCACUCAUGUGUUUAUCUUGUGCCACCUUCCCACUUGCAGGCAGGGAGGUCGGGGUGUGAAGUGCUUCCUUCCUGGAAGGCAGGGCAGGAAGGGCCCAUUCCUGCUCUUCCUCAGAGAAACUGAGCCUAGGGAUUAAACCCAAGAAUUGGAAGGGCCACGAUGUGUCUGCCCUGUGCACUGGGGCUGGGGUCCCUUAUUAAGGACUUCUGUUCUCAGAUUUAGGGUUUGCCCCCAAACAGUUCAGCCCUUGAAUGUGCCUCCCCAUCUGCUUGCCCCUUAAAGGGGCUCCUGCAAAAUAAAUAACAGCUGCCAUUCCAGGAGCCCCAGCUGUGAGCCAAAUACUUACUUGCAUUCUUUUAUUCAGUCCAUACAAUGACCCCGUGAGAUAGAUUUGCUUUUCAUCUCCCUUCUACAAAGGAGGAAAUUAAGGCUCUGAGAGGUUCAAUAAUUUUCCCAAGAGUGCACAGCCUGGGAAAACCUCAGUGAGCUGUUGUGAAAAUUAGAUCAUGUAAGGGCUUCCCCAGUGCCCAGCACAUUGGAAGGCCUUCUCUAGUGGGGCCUACUGUUAUUAAUACUGUUGUUAUUAUUAAUGUUAAGUGAUGGGAACUGGGAGCGGACCCUAGUCUUUCUCCCCUCAAAGAUGGUAUCCACCAUUAGCUCUGAGUGGUUCUGUUCUUGUGAAGCCUGGCAUAGUGAGGAUAGGACAGGGCUUAGUUGCCUGAUGUGGGGAUCUCUGGGGUGAUCAGCAACCCCUCAGCAUAGUGGGUGUGAGCGUUGGAAGCAAGGAUUUCCUCAGAUUCACAAUGGCUAACUUUUCAGCACUGCACAACAGGCUUGCUUCCCCACAACAGGCUUGCUUUCUCUUUUUUCUUUGAAACAGUUACUUAUUUUAUUUUAUUAUUAUAACAUAUAUUUUUUGAGACAGUUUCACUAUAUUGCUCUCGGUAGAGUGCCACUGUGGCGUAACAACUCACAGCAACCUCAAACUCUUGGGCUUAAGCGAUUCUCUUUUCUCAGCCUUCCAAGUAGCUGGGACUACAGGUUCCCUCCACAAUGCCUGGCUAUUUUUUGGUUGCAGUUGUCAUUGUUGUCUAGCUGGCCCAGGCUGGGUUCGAACCCACCAGCUUUGGUGUAUGUGGCUGACACAGUAGCCACUGUGCUACGGGUGCUGAGCCUAUUAUUUUAUUUUUGAGAUAGAGUCUCAUUUUGUCACCCUCAGUAGAGUGCUGUAGCAUCUUCGCUCACAGCAACCUCAACUUAUGGGCUUAAGCGAUUCUCUUGCCCCAGCCUCCCGAGUAGCUGGGACACAGGUACCUGCCAUACGCCUGGCUAUUUUUAGAGACAGGGUCUCACUCUGGCUCAGGUUGGUCUUGAACUUGUGAGCUCAGGCAAUCCACCUGCCUCAGUCUCCCAGAGUGCUAAGAUUACUCUAGCAUGAGCCACCACUCUUGGCCCAGUUAAUAAUUUUAAAUGCUGAAAAAAAAAAUUUUUUUUUUUUUGCAGUUUUUGUCCAGCGCUAGGUUUGAACCCACCAUCUCUGGCACAUGGGGCCAGCGCCCUACCCCUUUGAGCCACAGGCACUGCCCUAAAUGCUGAAAAUUUUAAAGUAGAUUAUAGAUAUCAUUAUGCCCCACCCUGAAGUACUUGGGUCACAUCUCUCAAAAUAAGGAUUCUAUAACCUAGCCCAAGCAACAUUUUAUCACACACAAUGAUUAAUUCCUUAAUAUCAUCAAAUACCCAAUCCAAAUUCAGAUUUUCCCAGUUGUCCUGCAAUUGCCUUUUCCAGCUGCUCUGUCUGUCCUAUCUAGGACCACAUACCGCAUCUGCUUCCUUUGUCCUUUAAGUCUCCUUUAAUUGAGGCCAGUGCUUUUCCUCGUUGUUGACUUGCUGACCAGACUGAGCUGUUCCACCUUUUAGAUCUGGUCAUGCCCUCAUGGUUAGUUUCUUUAUGCUUUGUAUUCCCUGUGAA